AUGGCGAUGGAACAGCCACUACACCACGUUGGCGCGUCAUUCAGGCGCGAGACAGGAAAUUUUUUCGGCCGGCCCGUGCAAAAUACGGAGAAAAUACCCCCCAAAUCUGACCAAGUCCAUAACCUUACCCGUGCCAGCCGCUGCCCUCGCACCCCAUCCCUAUCCCCUCAUCCUCGCGCUCAAUCCAAGGCCCUGCCGCCAUCGCCGCCGUAUUCGCGCUGCACCCACGGUCCUGCUGUCGUCGCCGCCGUCCUCGUGCUCCGCCCGAGAUCCAGCCGCCAUCCUCGCGCUCCGCCCGGUAUACAGUCGCCGUUCUCGUGCUCCGCCUGUGAUCCAGCCGCCGUCCCCGUGCUCAGGGAUCCACCCCCAUCCCCGUCCUCCAGCACCCAACCUCGCCCGUCAUCUCCCUCGCGCUCCCCCUCGCCUCGGGCACCGGCCCUGCCACGAGCUCUCCAUCCGUGCUCCCCGUCCCUGCUGCCGCCGAUAGAGAUCCAUCCACGAGCUCUCCAUCCCGUUGCGCCCCUCCUGAAGCCAGCCGCCCUUUGCUGCAGAUCUCUGCACAAGACUCGUUUUUCCAAUAGGAAUCAGGAGUGGGUGUACAUGAUGGUGAGCUUGAAGGCAGUGAGUACGCGGUACUACCUGGCAAAUAGGACGAGGAGGUGGGCGAGCAUAGGGCGCCAAGAGCAAUUUGCAGUGAAAGAAGCAGCCUAAAACUGAUAAGAAGGCAACAUUUAUUUCUAUGAAGUAACGGUUAUUGUUGUAGAUCAAGGAUGACAAGAAAGCAACUAGUGUACCAGGAGGUGCAGGUACUACAACAUACUACAUGCAUUAAGUUUAUUGUUUCUCUCUUAGAAAUAUACAUAGAUCAUUUUGAGCCUUGACUAGAGUGCCAGAUUUCUGCCUGAACUUAUAGCAUUACUAGUUAACAUUUUGUAUCUUGUUGAUAAAAUUGAACUCCACAUACUGCAGUUUAUAAUUCAAAAUAUGAAAAUGACACAACAUGAUCUGAAGCGCACAUACAUUACUUAGGAGUUAACAUACACAUAUUAGUUUGGUGUUAUCCCUUUGGUGGUCACAAUCUGAAGAUAACAUGGCAUAAACUGAACUUCACAUACUACCGUUUAUUUGGUCAGAAGUUGUACAUUUUCGUUCUACUUCAUCAGAUAGCCUACAAACAAUUAUUUGUACAAUCAUUUUUAAACUUUGAAGAUCACAUCAGCUCACUUCCUAUUAAAACAAAUACAACGUCACAUUGGCUGAUCCUACUACAGUUUCUUGCAUGUAAGAUGUUGAAUAAAGCUUGUAGAUUUGACUGCCAUGGCGAAAUGCUUAUUCUAUGUAUAUGUAGAUAUGUCUGCAUGAUGAUUCCUUUAAGCAUUUUAUAAAUACUUCACCGCAUGUAUGACAGAACUAUGUUAUGUGUGUUAUGGACAUAUGUCAUAAAUACUUAUUUCUUAUGCUUCUCUUGGCUGCCAAUCGAGCUUGAAAGCACUUGAGCUGACUGCACUUUCUACCAAAUUCUUGUGGAGUAUUUUCAAGUAAUCUGCAACCUAGUACGCAUGGAUGUGAUGAUUUUGAAGUGUUAUGGAGCAUUUGGAUGUCUGCAGUAUUUUGGACCAGCCAACUCAAUUGUAAUCAUGAAUCUUAUGUGUGUUCUGGACCAUUUGGUGCUUAAGUGUUACGAAGUAGAAAUCUUGUGCUCAUGGAUGUCACUCAAGUGUUUUGGACCAUUUAGUGUUUGAACUAUUUUAGACCAGCAAAUAGGGGUCCUUUUAUGCGUCUUGUGUUUUCUGGAUGGUUGCCAAGAUGGCCAAACUUUGCUUUGUGAACAUUGACUUGUGUUUGAACAUGAGAACAAUAUAUAUAUAUAUAUGUGUGUGUAUUUUUGUUACCA